AUGGCUUCAAUACUAUCAUACGUGCCGGUUGUUAACCGGCUCCUCAAUACAAAAGACGCGUCGCGCUCUAUUGAGAUCCCGCCUGUCGAGAUUCACAAUGUGGAGACAGCCCCUGAAAAGCGGCCAAGGACUCUAAAGCAUCUUCUCAGAGCAAACCACAUUAACCAUGCCAUCCUUUUCAAUGACAUGCGCUUUCACAAUCACUUGCCGCAUAUUCUAUGCUCGGCGUAUCUCCUCGGUGCAUCCGAUACACAGAUGCACCAUGUAUACGCUGAAGAAGCCAAAACACUAGAGCCCUGGGAACCGUCGCCUGCCGAGGUCACCCAGGAGGACUGGCAGUCCUUUUGGGGGGACAAGCGGUAUCAACGUGCCUUUAUUGAUUUUUUCGAAGACUCUCUAGUAAUGAGACACAAUUAUAAUUGGAAAAAGUUGGUAGACGAAUACUUGUACGAUGGCAAAGAACCACUACUCAAUUGUCUCAUUGGUGGUCUUGGGCAUCCCCUUAUCCACCUUGGCUAUGCCUAUGAGAUGGACAAUAAGGAGGUUGCAAUAGAGGCUCUAGGGCUAGCUUCAACAGAGUACGAUUUCCUCCACAAGUACUUGGACGAUCCAUCGUACACGAAGCCGUCGCCGCUCAAAACCUCGAACAUAUUAGACUUGCUCACACAGAUGGCCAGCGACAAGCGAGUACCAGAGCUGUUUCAAGAGCCUGGUUUCCAAAACUUCGAGCCCCUCUUCAAGGAUCACGAGGAGCUAGUCAUGGAGUAUUGGAAUGCGUGGUCUCUUGAUGACCCGACAAAGCAAUUCCAAGAGUCGCAAAAGGCAGCAGUAUCCCUUCUUGUGGCGACUGUUCCCCCAGGAACUCACUCCUACAAUUUCGUCGUCGUUCAUCUACUCACAACAAGCCACGCAGUGCGGAUUCUUCUUCCCAUGAUUCCCUCCAAAUAUCACAUCAACCUGGUACGACAAUGGUGGCUACUGACGAUUGCAGUCUACCUCAUCUUCGAGUGUCCCAAGAUCGAUCCUGACAAUAUUAAGCCUACUGACGUAGCUGGGAAGCAAUGGAAUUAUGUCGAGGAUAAGGCACUCAACAGUGCUUACUCGACAGACGCCCACUUUGUCAAAGCUAUACGUGCAAUUAAAGAAGCUGCAAAGACAUGGGGUGAUGUGCAUGAGCACUAUCUAGCGGCGGCGGUUAGGUUUGUUGAUGAUUUUGAAGGAUGGGCUCUGACAGAUGCCAUUUCAGACAUCACACGCAACAUGGCGCCGCCUGCGAAGCGCCUGAAGCGAAACAUCGUGACCUCCGACGAUGAAGAUCCAAAACCCGUCGUCAACACUCUAAACAAUUACCUCCUCCGCUCUCCGGAUGCGAAAGCAAGCGCGACAGCUCCGCCUGAAAAUGCUACCGCCUCUCCCAGUCCCACCCGAAAAGUUACUCGUCUAGUCACCCGCCAAUCUUCUAAGCCCACCCCAUCCUUGUCCAUCAACGGAUCGAGUGCGAGGAGUGGGAAGAAAAGCACGAGCACAAGUCCAGAAAAAAGCAGGGCCAGACCGCCGACCCAGAGCAAAUCCGACGAGAAAGGAAAGACAGCCGACCUCAAGGCCUUGUUCUCCAAGCAAGCUGAAAGGGCUGCAACACGACCGCCAGUAAAGCUAGAUGAUAUAAUAAGCGACCCAAUUUCCGACGAGGACGAUGUGGGAGAACACAGGGCGACAACGGCUAGCCACGUCGGUCUGGCUUCUCGGAAGCGCUUUAAGGAUUCUUUCGCUGGCAAUACCAUAACAUCUUCAUCAAUCGCCUCAAGUCAGAGGUUUAUACGGCCGACUUUGCCCCCACAAGAUCCAGAAAUAGAUAACGAGCAGCGGCCAUGGUCCAAAAGAUUUGGUCCCAUGAACCUCAGUGAGCUUGCUGUUCACACGAAGAAGGUUGCGGAUGUUCGGAAAUGGCUUGAAGAUGUCAUGGCUGGUCGAAUGCGACAGCGGUUACUUAUUCUUAAGGGGGCAGCUGGAACUGGGAAAACCACCACAUUGCGACUUAUUGCCAAGGAGAUGCGAUGUGAAGUUCUUGAAUGGCGAAACCCGACAACUUCAAGUAGGGCUCACCAGGAGUUUCAGUCUGUUUCUGUUCAGUUUGAAGAGUUCCUGGGAAGAGGAGGCAAGUUCUCGCAGCUGGACCUCGACCUAGAAGACUCGUCUCCUAAAAACAUCGGAACCAACGACAAUACCCCGAAACUGAUGCUUAUUGAAGAGUUUCCUAAUACAUUUGCUCGCUCAUCCACAGCUAUGACAUCCUUCCGGAAGGCUAUCCUACAGUUUUUGGCAACUAAUACUCCAUCACUUUCUGUCUUCGGAAGGCAAGCAUCUAAAGAUCCCAUUACACCAGUUGUUAUGAUCAUAUCCGAGACCCUUUUGACAACCACGUCUGCAUCUGCGGAUAGUUUCACCGCCCAUCGUUUGCUCGGUCCUGAAAUCACUCGUCAUCCGGGAACAUACACCAUAGAGUUUAAUUCCAUAGCGCCAACUCUUCUUUCCGCUGCUCUUGGGCUUGUUGUGCAGAAAGAAGCAAGAAAAUCCGGCAGGAGACGGACUCCAGGACCUCUCGUGCUGAAAAAACUAGGCGAAAUCGGCGAUAUUAGAAGCGCUAUCUCUUCACUUCAAUUUCUUUGCUUGAAAGGAGACACAGAGGCAGAUUGGGGUUCGCAUGUUAACUUUGGAAAACCAAAGCGGACAACUAAAAGCUCCGUCUCCUUGACACGAGGAGAAAUGGAAACGCUCCAGCUUGUUUCACAGCGGGAGGCAAGUCUAGGUAUAUUCCACGCAAUUGGAAAAGUUGUGUACAAUAAACGAGGAGACGAACCAAUGGACCUGAACUCUGCAGAAGGGAGAGCUGAACUACUACCUAGUCAUCUGUCUUCAUGCUCGCGGCCAAAGAGAUCCGAGGUCUCUGUCGACAGCCUAGUUGAUGAAACAGGAACCGAUACACAUACAUUUAUCUCAGCUCUCCAUGAGAACUAUGUUCUGUCUUGUGAAUCGAAUGCGUCCUUUCUGGACUAUAUGGGAGGAUGCAUUGACUACUUAUCCGAUAGUGAUCUUCUAUGCCCUUCUUGGGAUGUAUUUUUUGGUGGCCGCGGACCUGGCGGUAAGGGUUUCUUUGGUCACGAUUCAGCUAGUCAUGUGCUACGCCAAGAAGAAAUCGCAUUUCAAGUUGCCACACGCGGCUUGCUUUUUUCACUUCCUAACCCAGUCCAGCGGAAGGGAAGCGGCUCUAGGCGCGGUGGCGGCGAUGCAUUCAAGAUGUUCUAUCCUACAAGCCUUAAACUCUGGCGAGAGAAAGAGGAGCUAGAAGGCCUUGUUGAUCACUGGUCUUCAGUUUUACUUAAGGGCGACAACUCCGACCAUAAUCUGACGAACGGCGCAUCCGCCUUCCGCCGGGCCAAAACUGCCCCCACCAGUCAAUGGCUUGCCAGUCAACACUCUCGGCAAAAUGAAAUUCAAGCUAGGCAGACAGCACAGACCUCAGAUCACUCUACCGCCUUGCUCUCUCUGGGCAGUUCUGCCCGUCGCGAGAUGAUACUCGAAAGGUUACCAUACAUGUCCCAUAUCACCCGUCGACACAGAUCAUCGAGCUCUGUGCCCUGGUUAAAAGGUAUCGAAAAAGUUGUGUCAUUUUCAGGUAUAAGUUCAAUUGCAGAUGAAGAUACUGUUGACUUGGAGGAAAAUGAAAACUCAGGCGGCGGGGCUGAAGAAGACUGGGCCACGGACAAACCUACCGAAGAAUCGUCACCACGAAAGAAGAGCUUUGCCAUACGACGUAAUGGCCAAAAUGGAGGCUCGGUGGCCGCUUCACAAGUGCAAAAGCUUGUACUGAGUGAUGAUGAUAUAGAAGAUGACUGA